CUCAAGGGGAAGCUACUCAAGUUAUUCGAAUAUGGUUUGGAGUUGGAAACAAAAUGGCUUCUAAUGAUAUAGAUUAUCAUGCAAGAAGUCUAUUACAACUUGCCAGAUCGUUAGCUGCGAUAAAAACAACCCCAUGGGAUCAGGUGGAGCGUUUAAUGCUCCUGUGUCCCAACUACCAGGACAGAGGCAGAACCUUGCGCUUAGAUGGCAGAGGACAAAAUGCAGUCAUUGCCUUGGGUGUUUAUUUACUUGAAUCUGGUCUGCAGCAUUGUGACAUAAUAUUAGAUUAUUUGUUAAUGGUCCUUGAAAAAAUGCCGUCGGCAGUUUGGGUUGAUGGGCCAAAAGGAAUCAAUCAGUACAAUUUACCAAUGACUGAAUGCUUUAGUUUUUGUCUGAAUACAAUUUUAUGCGAUGUUGCCUUUCGACUGCCAAGUGACAAAGAUAAGAUUACAUUUGUACAGUUGAAGGUGUUGGAUCAAAUGACUACAUUAUGUGAACAGCCUGGUUCUCAAGUUGUAGAAUUUCUUUUUGGCUUAAAAUUUAGAGAAAAACUGUGCACAAGACAGAUUCCAUUACUACUGGGGCUGGCAAGAUCAAUGGGUAGAUCCAGUGAUGAAGAAUGCUCUCUCAUCUCCUACUUGUUAUCAGUUAGGGAAGCCCCUAUAUCAAUGCAACGAGUGCCUCAACCUGAGCCAGCAGUACAGCGCAGCCAUUUUAACACUUUUCGAUCCAUCAUGCCCCGAACCAUGUCUACAGUAUUUGUCUCAUAUGACACAAGUACUAGCCUGUCUGGUUCUGGCUCCACAGAUGCCAUUGGGGAUGGAAUAGUGGAGAGAAAGUCAAGUUAUAGAGACAGGUCUCCUUCACCAUUGGAAGGGAACAUCAAAGACAACUCUAGCCUGACUGGCUUGACUUCUAGCAUAACUACCCCUGAUGUUUUGCCGUACACCAUAUAUUUCAACAAAAUAGCUUCCAGCUUCACUAGGACAAGGCCCUGGGGGUUUGAGAUCAUUCCUGAACAAGAUCAUCUCAAGUUUAACCAGAACCAGUUGACCACAAUUUUACAGUGUGCCAAAAGACUCCUGAAACGCAGGGUACUCAAUGGACUAGAUCAUAUUCUUAAAGAUGUUCUGGCAGUUUCGAAUGGCAAUCUGACUCGUUUUCCCUACAAAUCUUUUAGUGAAACAAUUAGUGUUGUCAUACUGGCUUUGUUACGAGAUAUUUUGGAACAAGAAAAAGAUUUGCCUGCUGACUUCAUGAAGGAAGUUCAAGACUUUGUGAAAGGGCUGUACCAGGCAGGCCAGGCUGACCUGGACAGCAAACCAUCCAACCAUAACUUGAGAGAGAAGCUGACAGACUUCAACCCUUAUCAGCUGUUGGUGCAUGCUAAUGGUGCUUGUGUUGAUCUCUUGUUUUGGUCCAUCAGAGAGGAGUCAGAGGCAGAACACUUGUGUGUGAAGCUGACUGAGAGAAUCAGCACAAACACAGAAAAGAGGUUACUCUUAUCACACACUCCACUGCUGUUGGCUUCAUUAGAGGCACUGGGGAAAAUGGCUGUGAAAUUUCCUAACCUAGCUAAUGCUAUGGUAGCAUCCCUUCGUGACUUCCUAGUCAGUCCCUCUCCAAUACUCAGUAAACUCAACAAGUAUGCCAUCACAGAGAAUGGUAAUAAGCUCACUGGAAGUGGAGGAGGUAUACGCAUCACUGUGACAGAUGAAGACAGAAAUGAAAGGGGAAAUGCGCAGAAAUCUCCCAAGAAUCUUCUGUUGACAACUAUGGAAAAUUUGAGGGACAAUGCCAUCCAUAAUAUUUGCAGAGCAUUGAAAGCUGGCCAGCAGGUGGAUGAAGAUUGUGUUCCGGCUUUCUUAGCCUCAAUAUCCAAUCGUUUGUACCGAGCAGAACUGAGUGACAGGACACUGAAUGCCAAGACCUCAGAGGCCAGAUGGAAACAGUUAAGAAUAGCCAUGAAAUUCAUUAAUCCCAGUUCUGCCAAUCUUGAAACUUUUGACGUCCAAAGGGAGUCCAAUCUGAUUUCCACCAAUACAAUCCUGACCUUGGGCCACCUGGCAGUCAUCUUAAAAGAACAGCCCAAACUGGUGGAGUCUAUCCUUCAGAUCUUCCAGCAGAGGUUCUGCUCCCCACCCUCACAGCUAGACGUCUUGAUAGUGGAUCAGAUGGGCUGUAUGGUCAUGGCUGGCUGUUCCUGUAUAUACCAGGAAGUCCUCACUAUGUUUACUCAGAUUAGUGUUGAGAGCAGCUCUCCAUACAAUGUGAAUGAAGCCAAUGACAAGCUUAGAGGAUUUAGGCUUGUGUCUCAAGCAGUUAUCAAUGCUUUCGCCAACAUUGCUGCCAACAUCCAGGGAGAGAAUGAGCAGCUUGACUUGCUGUCUCGACUUCUGGAGCUGUUUGUUCAACUUGGUCUUGAUGCUAAGAGGAUGAAUGAAAAAAUGUCUGGACUUAUGAAGGCCUCAUCAAGUGCAGGCAACCUUGGUCUACUUAUUCCAGUGAUUGCUGUGUUGAUGAGAAGAUUACCACCAAUCAAAGAACCAAAGAGAAGAUUGCACAAAUUGUUUCGAGAUUUCUGGCAAUAUUCCGUUGUCAUGGGUUUUGCUAAUGAGAACCAAGCCUAUUGGCCUUCGGAAUGGUAUGAAGGAGUUUGUCACAUUGCCACCAAGUCUCCUCUGUUAAUCUCUAAAGAAAAUAUUAGCAAAGAACUUUUGUACAACACUGCACUAAGGAAUGACUCAGUGGCUCCAAGUGAACUUGCUGACCUAAGAAACACCAUCUCCAACUUGUUGGACAAUGCUGAGGUGACAGCGAUCAUUAACAGGCUCAACUUCGCUCAGUGUACUUAUCUCUUGUCAGUUUACAAGUUGGAAACUCUACGUGUGACCUACUCUACAGAUCCUGGAGCCAUUCAUGGGAUCUUUGAGUAUUUAGAAGAUAAAUUUCUUUUCCUGGACAAAUUAGGGAUGUGGCAGUGUAUAUCUGUUGUAGCUGAGAAGACUUUUGACAAAUAUAUGGAUGUACUGGAUGCUAAGCCAAAGACUGAAGAGAAGGAGAAACAGAUUGAGGCACAUGCUCAGUUCUUACUGGUGAAGUUUAAUCACACAUACAAGAGAGUUCGACUCACAGCAGACAAGUUUAUUUCAAAAUUUGUUAGCAGAUUUCCACAUCUCUUAUGGAGUGGGAAAGUUUUGAAGACUAUGUUAGAUAUUUUACAAGUUGUUUGUGAUGCCCUAGAUCUGGAUCCUCAUGAAGAUGCUCCAGAAAUACAGAUUCCUGCCACUCCUUAUAAACUUCGAAUUAUGGAGAACAUCACUUCAAGGGAGCAAGUUGUCAAAGACUGUUCUGCUCGGAGUUCCACCAUCCUGCAGGAGUCCAUGAAGUGGGCACCCAAUGCUGUCCGGUCACACUUGAUAGAGUAUGUUCUCCAGAUGGACAUGGAGGCCAAAGGAUUGCUCCAACACAGUGGAUUGGCUAUGGCCACUGAGACUGUGCUCAACUAUGCUGGCUACAAAGGAGGUGUCAACACAAUGUCUGGGGCUAAUAGCUUAGAUAGGCGGCCAUCUUGUGUUCAUUCAGAGAGCUCCAACUUCAUGGCUAAUUUAAGUAUUCGCUCUCGUUAUCUAGGAGAGGUGAAUGGGAUGCUGGAUGUUUGUGAUGAUGUCAGUGUUGCUGAAGAGAAAAUGUAUUUGAAGCUGGAGAAAGCUUACCUUGAACAAGAUGUUGUCAUGGCUAAACAAUGCAUGUUUCGGAUAACGGCUUUACAGAUCAAACGACCAGUUGUAAGCCGCUACUUAAUUCAAGCAAUCUGCUGGGGUCCAGUGCGACUGUUUUGUGAAGAGGUCAUGGAGGCUGCCAUCAUGUGUUGGGAAUGGAUGCUUUCAGCUCGACCAGAGUUUACCAUUGAGUUCUUGUGUCUGAUGGCGUCCGCCUGGCAAGUCUGCGCUGACAUGAAGCUUGGAAUAUUUGCACCAGACCCUCCUCGUCCAGACCCACUGGCAAAAGCUGAAGAUCAAAUUUUGUCUCCAAACCCUCCUAUUGUGGCCCCACACAAUCUUUGGACCAAGUUUCUGCAAGAAAGAGUGGAAAUAGCCAAGUAUAGCGAUUCUGCUCAAAUUCAAAUUUUCCUGACAUUGCUUAAUAAAUCUCUGUCUGUUACUGUUGGUAAAAGGCCAUCUAUCAUAUCUCGGCAUACUGCUGCCAUCGGGCCAAGAUUUAGGCUUCUUUCAAUGGGGCUUUCAUUAUUACAAGGAGACAUCCUGCCAAAUACUCCAUCCAAAACAGUUCUGAGAGAAAGAGUUUAUGCUGCAACACUAGAUUUCUUUUGUGGUGCUCCAAUCUGCCCUUCCCAGCAACCCAGUGAACUGAGAGAUGAUAUCACACUGCUGAUUACCUACUGGCAGAAGAUGCACUAUGACAAGAAACAUUUGUCUUCCACCAUGAUCUCAUUAGCUGACAUAAUCGACAAGUCCGCCUCCUCCCCACCACCUGUGAUCUCAUCUUCUGGACAACCUGACCUCAGGUCUGGAUGGAUGAACACACUAAACAGCAGCUCCUCUACAUAUUCAAAGCGCUCAGCAGUGUACGAUGAUUACGACCUGGGUGACACGCUGAAAGUUGGUGGGAGUGGUCAAAGGUCUUCUGUUGUGUACGGUAUCCAUGGACACUUUGAUACCAAAGAAGUUGUCGUUGGUGGUACCAGCAGGAAAGGUCAAGUGACGGAAAACAGUUUGGUGAAAGAAUACAUCAAGAAGAGAAACAUCAUUUUAUGCCUUGUUGCCAAUACCAUAGACACCCUUCUAACUUUGUAUAAUCCACUGGAGUUGGCAGAACAGAAGCUGCAAGAUGAGGAACUGAUCUACACCUGGGCCAGGCAUAAUCUGACAGAGAGGCAGUGGAGGGAUAUUGCCAACUACUCCUGGGAACUGUCCCCUACAUUAGCAGUGUACCUGCCUUUUAGGUUCAGGAACUGUGAAACUCUAAAGAAGGAAGUCACCAGACUUGUCUCUAUCAGUCCAGAAAGUGUCUCUCACAUUCCUGAAGCUAUCAGCUUUCUGGUCACAGCCAACAGUGUAGAAGCUGACUCACCUGAGCUGUCCCACAUCAUGACUUGGGAGAAAGUGUCCCCUGUCCUGGCAUUGUCCUACUUCUCCAGGCAGUACCCACCCCACCCAUUGACUGCCCAGUAUGCUAUCAGAGUUCUCAGAGCUCAGCCUAAUGAAGUGCUCUUGUUCUACAUUCCUCAAAUAGUUCAAGCCUUGAGAUACGAUCCAAUGGGUUAUGUGAGUGAGUUCAUUUUGUGGGCUGCCAAGAAGUCUCAGCUGUUGGCUCAUCAGUUCCUUUGGAACAUGAAGACCAACAUUUACCACGACGAGGAGGCCACUAUGAAAGAUGAAUUUAUUGGAGAAAAAUUAGAAGAAAUGGUCAUGAAAAUCACACAGCAACUGUCCGGAACUGCCCUAGAGUUUUACAAAAGGGAAUUUGAUUUCUUUGAUCAAAUCACUAACAUUUCUGGCCUCAUCAGGCCUUACCCCAAAGGAAAAGAAAGAAAACAAGCUUGCCUUGAGGCUCUGUCUAAAGUUCAACUUCAGCAUGGAUGUUACCUCCCUUCCAACCCAGAAGCCAUUGUCUUAGAAAUUGAUUACAACUCUGGUACACCAAUGCAAAGUGCUGCCAAAGCUCCAUAUCUGGCAAGAUUCAAAGUCAAGCACUGUGGGAUCAAUGGCUUAGAAAAGUUGGCUGCAUCAGAUUUAACCAAGAAGAAAAUGGGCUCUGAGGUAGAUGGACUGGAGGAAGUGAUUCACUGGCAAGCUUGUAUCUUUAAAGUUGGCGAUGAUGUCAGGCAGGAUAUGCUUGCAUUACAAGUGAUAGAGAUGUUUAGAAACAUCUUCAAACAGGCUGGACUCAAGUUGUACCUUGCUCCUUAUAGAGUUGUGGCCACGGCUCCAGGGUGUGGUGUGAUUGAGUGUGUACCCAACAGCAAGUCGAGAGACCAGAUUGGACGUCAGACGGACAUUACAUUGUUUGAAUAUUUCUUGGCCACUUUUGGAGAUGAACAAUCUCCAGCCUUCCAGGAGGCUCGGCAUAAUUUUGUAGUUUCAAUGGCAGCAUACAGCAUAGUGAGUUUUCUGCUCCAGAUCAAAGACAGACAUAAUGGCAAUAUCAUGAUCAAUACAACAGGACACAUCAUACAUAUAGAUUUUGGCUUCAUGUUUGAAAGUUCACCUGGUGGUAACCUUGGCUGGGAGCCAGACAUCAAAUUGACUGAGGAAAUGUUCAGGGUGAUGGGAGGAGCUAUGGACGCACCACCAUUCCAGUGGUUCCAGGAGCUGUGUGUGCAGGGCUACUUGGCUGUUAGGCCCUAUCAAGAUGCCAUCAUUUCUCUAGUUUCCUUGAUGCUGGACACAAGGCUGCCUUGUUUUCGUGGUCAGACCAUCAAGCUGCUCCGCGCACGGUUCGCCCCGCAAGCCAGUGAGAGAGAGGCUGCCACAGUCAUGCUGAAGGUUGUUAGGGACAGCUGCCUGAACUGGAGGGGAAAGACCUACGACAUGCUGCAGUAUUACCAGAAUCAAAUCCCGUACUGAUUCCCUCAUUAAGCCAAAUUGAAUUAUUUAUUGACUUUUUCUGUUGGACAUUCACUUUAUAUUUUAGUGGACAUAAUACAAUUACAUUUUGUUUUUAAAUGCAUGAAUCAAACACUACUAUUGACACUAGAUUAAUAUAUUUUUCACUUUUUAUUUAUUGGGUAGUCAUAAUGUUGAAAACAAGUUUUAUAUUUUCAUUCUACUCUUUUGUUACCUUACUGCGUGAAGCUUGUUGUUCCAUAACAUGUAAUUGUAAAUAGUUUCCAUGGCGACAUAUAUAAACAGCUCAAUGUUUAUAUAUUUAAAAACUGUGAUAUUGAUAGUGUGCAAUACACUUCUGUCCAUAGAAAUUAAUUUUUUUUGGGUGGGGUCAAGUUUACAAACAGCUUUAAUAGAUAUUUUUAAUUGUGGCUUCUUUACUGGCUAUAAUUUGUUAACAAGCCAUAAUAAAAUGGAUGUUAAGCCAAAUGAGUGCCAGACAUGGCCAUCAUUUUCUCCAUUAUUUUCCUAUCAUAGUUGUGUAUACUUAGUGUAGUUUAUGGUUGGUAGGCAUAUUGUUAUUAUAAAUAUCAUAUUAGUAUAAAUAGAGCUACUUUUUAGUAUGUGUAGCAAUAAAUCUUAAGUUUAUUUUCUAUUUCAAAUUUAUUGUUAACUCUCAUUCUUUAGAAUGUUAUAAAUAUGGUAUUGGUAUUACCAAAAAUAUGCUGAAUUGUAUUUCUAGAAUAAUACUCUUUUAUAGUGUGAAAUAUUACAUUAAAAUGUGUGAUUUGAAUUUAUUUACCAUAUAUUUCACCAUUUUGUUGCGUUUCAUAGUAGUGCAACAUAGGCAGGCUGAUUAAUUGCAUUCAUUUAGCAAUAUUUCCAUUGCACAAACCUGUCACUUCAUCAUUCAUUUAUUUGUUAACAGUUGUUAAUUUUUUGUACCAUAGUUUUUUUUUACCCUGCUUAGAACAAAUAUUUAAUGUUUCUUCUGGUUUGGUUAUUCUAAUUUUUUUUUAUUGUAUUGACCUUUUUUUUUUUU